UUUUAAUUUUUUUUUCCUUUUAUACUGGAGACGACAAACAAGGAGUGAGAGGACAGCGAACGCGGCCGUUGAAUCGAAGGAAGAUGGAGGUGGAGGGAUCAUCAAAGAAGAUGAUAGCUACGCAGGCGGAGAUGGUGGAGGCGAGGGUGCCUCUCGCGUAUAGGGACCAGUGCGCCCAUCUGCUAAUCCCCCUUAACAAAUGCAGGCAGUCCGAGUUAUAUCUGCCCUGGAAGUGCGAGGAUGAACGCCACAUCUACGAGAAGUGCGAGUACGAGCUUGUCAUGGAGCGCAUGCUUCAGAUGCAGAAGAUCCGCGAGCAGGAGGCCAAGCUCAAGCAGUCUAAGGUCGAGCAGGGAGCCACAAUCCCUCUCAUUCCCAAAACUGCCAAUGCAUAGAUGCCUCCUUCCGUUUUAUGGUCACCGUAGACUGCUGAUCGUUUGGAUGCUGUGAUAUUUGUUGCUUCUAUUGUUGGAAUUCAGAACUGUUCGUCUUGAGUCACAUGUAGCUGACUUAUACCUCAUUUCUUUCUUAUUUGAAUAAUAUCUUUAAACUUGUUUAUGCAUAGAUGGUCAUGUGGACUUUGGCAGUGUGAAGGAGUGCACUGGAUGAUCCAUGAAAUAAACGUUACUUUCCAAUUUCCUUGUAUGUGUUUGUUUGGGACUCACUUGUUUGAUACCCUAAACAAGGUUAGGGCAAAGAAAAGAAUUUUGUUGGAA